CUACAGUGGGUCUAGAUGACUCAAAUAACAACAGCGCGUGGCUUUUCAGUGUCUUGAGCCUAAAAACAAAAGUGAGGGGUGUUUCUCUGCGCCGUCUGUUGGUCACUGGAGAGGCGCGCGGUCACCGUUACGCAUUUCAGCGGAACACCGAGUGCAGGAUGACCGACUCUCACGGAGAAAUCAGCGGGCACGUCUGUCUGCGACCGGCUCCGGUGCAGACCUUUAACCACAGAUCCUCUACGUGGGUCCGUUUGAACGUCGGUGGCACGUAUUUUCUGACCACCAGACAGACGCUCUGCAGGGAUCCCAAAUCGUUCCUGUUCCGGUUGUGCCAAACAGAGCCAGACCUCGAUUCUGAUAAGGAUGAGUCCGGGGCGUAUUUGAUUGAUAGGGAUCCCAUGUAUUUCGGGCCUGUGCUGAAUUACCUGAGACAUGGGAAGCUGGUCCUCAACAAGAACCUGACGGAGGAAGGAGCUCUUGAAGAGGCAGAGUUUUACAACAUCACAUCAUUAAUAAAACUCAUCAAAGAAAAGAUCAGUGAAAGAGAAGCCAAGACGACACACACGCCAGUCAAGCAUGUUUACAGAGUGUUGCAGUGUCAAGAAGAAGAACUUACUCAGAUGGUCUCGACCAUGUCAGACGGAUGGAAGUUUGAGCAGCUUGUCAGUGUAGGUUAUGGGCGGGCCCAGAAGUCAGAGUUUUUCCUGAUUGUGUCUCGAGAGGUGAAGGGGGAGGAGUCAAGCCAAACUCACCCCGCCCACAGUGGAGAGCUGGUCAAUAUCGGAUCCUCCUAUAACUAUGGUAAUGAAGAUCAGGCGGAGUUCUUGUGUGUUGUUUCUAAGGAACUGCACAACCAAUCAAACAGCAGCAACACUCAACCCAGUGAGAAAGCCAAGAUUCUACAGGAACGUGGUUCUAGAAUAUGAUCAUCUAGAGCUCCCAUGUUUUAGACACAUCAGCUCUUUCUAGAACAUUCCACGAGCUUGUUCUCUUCACGCCUCGAGAGCACUGGACACCUGAUGCACACAAGCAGCACGUGAAGAACAUGUCCACUGCAAUCUAGUCUUCCUGAUGCUUGUUUGUUUAGAUCUUCAUGGAUUCAGAGACAGGAUCUGGAGAGAUGGACCAAUGUCAGUCUCAGGGAACAAAAGGAAAUGGACAGGUCACUCUGAAUCACUGCCCACCUCUUACCACAAUCAUUCCAGUGGACAUAAAGUGGGGUCCAAAAGGGAUAAUACUUUGAUUUUGCAUUUUAAAAAAAUGCUUUUCCUUACAAAUCUCUCUGUAUUUGGUUUGUCUCCCUUUUUCUUUAAUCAAUAACAUGAUCAAAACCUGAUGCUCAUGUACUCCUGCAUGAUUUGCAAUGUUUCAAAGAGCGUCUUGAGCUUCAAUGGAAGCAGGAAAAUCUGAGCGUGAUCAAUGAUCAACGUCAUUUGAUUAGACACCGAUAUAGUACAUAAUAUAACAUAUAAUGUCUUUAUUUAAAACUUCUUCAAAAGCUAAUUAUUUUAACUCUUUUUGUAAAGGUGUAAAAAAGUCUCAGACUUUUGGACCCUACUGUCCUAUGAUUUAUAUAUGCAGCAAAAGUGAUUAGUAAAAAUUUGGCAACAGCACUAUGGUUGAGCACACAUUUUAAUGCAAGAUUUUAUUACUGAGAAAUAUUUCUUAGUGUUGAGAUUUUAGAUACACUGACAUUCAAACGUCUGG